AUGGAAUGCCAAAGAUUUCGGAUUGAUGAGCCCGUUUCUCACGUCAAGAAAGCAUCUGAAAUCGUCGAUGCUCGAGUGGCCGGGGAUACUCUAAGCCGUCUCAAAGACAGGGUCUACACCCCUUCAGGGGUCAUCAUUGAGUAUCUUCUGAAAGAAGCCCCAGAGUUCAGAAGACUGUCCGAGUUACGCGAAAAGGGAUGGAACAAUCCAGAAGGCGAUCGAUUCUUUGAAAAGCAGCGCCAGACUGCCGAUUACGCGGAUAAUAAGAUGGCUAAGCAGUUCUACAAAAUGAUGAAAACCAUUGCGUAUGAUAUGCAUCAAGCAACUGGGGCCUUUCACAUCAAGAACCCCUGCCAGGAUGGCCGCUCUAUCCUAGACAUGUGCAUGGCACCGGGAGGUUUUCUCGCGAUAGCACUCAGCUAUAACCCCGAAGCUCGUGCGUUGGCAUUUAGCUUACCGAAGAUAAAUGGAGGGCAUGUGGUUCUUCUACCCAAACGCCCCAAUGUUACGCUCAAGUUCCUUGAUGUUACAAUGUUGGCGGAGGAUAUGGGGACAUCAAGCAUUCCAUACGAACAUCCGGAUGCUAGAAAUUUUCUCCCCAGUCAAUUCAACCCAAGAGAAUACUUUGACCUUAUAUUAUGUGAUGGUCAGGUACUUCGCAACCAUGGCCGGGCUGACUAUCGUGAGCGUACAGAAGCAAGUAGGUUAUGUCUUACACAACUGACACUUGCACUCAAUCAUCUCAAGCCAGGAGGGACAAUGAUUGUCCUUCUCCAUAAAAUUGAGGCUCUAGAUACGGUUCAACUCUUGAAUACGUUCGACAGGUUUGCUUCUGUGCAGUUGUUCAAGCAUACGAAAUUCCAUGCUAAACGAUCCUCCUUCUAUAUGCUGGCAACCAAUAUUAGAGCUGAUUCUGAAGAUGCAAAGACGGCUAUUGAAAGAUGGAAAUUUCAAUGGAAAAUUGCAACUUUCGGUACUGAUAAUGAUUAUUGUGAAGCAAUUCGCCCGGAAAUACGAGAUGUUCAGGUUAUGCUGAAGGCAUUCGGCCCUAAACUGAUCGAACUAGGACGGGAAAUAUGGGACAUUCAGGCGAAUGCUCUGGAGAACGCCCCAUUCAUGAGACAAACUUCGUCCUCCUGA